AUGACUUCAUCAAUUAUCGCAUUCCAUUCAGUACAGAGAGUAGGUGUGAUUGUCGAUCGUGAGAGUGUUGCGGACAUCGACCAAAUGAACAAUCCAAUCGAAUUCGAAGCUGAUGAAGAAGACUCAGGUCGCGAUGUGGAAGAAUUAGUGAGUCCGCUUGGGCGCAAAAGGAGGAGAACGUACCGUGAGUUUCGGGUACCCGUGAAAAUAAUACAAGAAAGAAGAAGGCAUCGCUCAACAGCAUCAAGGGCUCAACAUGAUGACUUGUCCACAUUGGUUCAAACUGUCAGAGAAAUGUCUUCAACGGUAGCUACUGCUGCACAAAGUUGUCAAAUGCAUCUUAGUGAUGGAAACAGUGCUAGUAGUGAUAAAGAUGUGUCACCAAACAGUAGCUUUAAUGAUCAGUUGCUAUUUGGCCUCUCUGACAUUCCUUUAUCCGAUGAAGAAAAUAUUCAAGAAAUUGGGCAGGAAGAGUCUUCAUCACCAGUGUUUGUCAGCUGUCCUCUUUCUUGCAAGGUCAGUGCUUUGUUGACAAUGGUUUUGAUCAGUCGCCACAAGCUCACAACUCGUGCAGCCAAUGACAUCAUAGCUCUACUGGUUGCCCACUGGCCAGAUCAUCAUCGGGGUUUUACCUCCUUGUACACUUUAAAGUCACGGUUUGCAGAAAUGGUGGGGAAGCAACCUGAAAUGCAAACUGUUAACUAUUGCAAACAGUGCCACUCAAUUCUGAAUGAAAGUUUAAGUUGUCAGGAGUGUGACCAAGCGGCAACAGUUGGCGAAUAUCUUCAAGUCAAUUUACAAAAGCAAAUUCAACAACUUUUCCAAGACCAUAGUUUUGUAUCACACCUACACAAGAGAUCUGACAAUUUAGGAGAUCCUGAUGUAGUUGAGGAUGUCACAACUGGCAAGGAGUAUACCAAGUAUCUCCUAUUCCAUAGAUCUGCAAUGUCAAAGAGUAACCUUAUUUUGACUCUAAACAUGGAUGGUGUAGCUGUUUUUCGAAGUUCCAAGAAUGGCAGCCUGUGGCCAGUUUAUCUGACAGUAAAUGAGCUACCACCAAAGCUCAGAUUCUCUCCUAAGUAUGUCAUACUGGCAGCUGUUUGGUGUCAGGCAUCGAAGCCAGAUGUGUACAUCUUACUGCAACCAUUAAUGAGGCAAUUACGUCAACACUUGGAGCAAGGGAUACCAGUUGAGACUUCUUUCUGGAAAGGUCGAUGCCAUCCUGUUCUGCUUCUUGUCACUGUUGAUCUCCCAGCAAGAGCUUUAAUUACUUGUAUGAAGCAGUAUAAUGGCAAAAGCUCGUGCCUUUAUUGUGAGCAAGUUGGCACAGUCGUAUCCACCCAGACAUAUUGGCCUUAUGAGAAUGAAGCACGUACAAGAAUUCAACAGUCUCUAAAAAGAGAUGCCAAAUCAGCAAAUUCCAGGGGAGAGCCUGUUGGUGGUAUUAAAAGUGCAUCUCCACUGCUGCUAGCAAAACCCUUUGACAUGUCAAAGGGAGUUGUAAUAGACUGGAUGCAUGGUAUGCUGUUGGGGUUGGCAAAGAAGUUGUUGGAGUUAUGGCUACAACCAGUGAAUCGACAUCACGUGUUUUACAUUGGUGACAAGAUUGAUGCUCUGGAUAACCGACUCUUGAAAAUUGAAGUGCCAGAUAUUAUUACAAGGAAACCUAGAACUUUGAGAGAUGCGUCUGGUUGGAAAGCCAAUGAACUUCGUUCAUGGUUGUUCCAUUAUUCUGUUCCCGUGCUUUUUGGCAUCCUUCCUCCUGUCUACUUUGUUCACUAUGCCAUGUUUGUUUCAGCAAUGGUAACCUAGAAUGGUCUGUCAGUAACUCUUAGGUAACUUGAUCGAGUCAAGUGCCAGUUAGAUGAUUUUUAUAGGGCUUAUGAGCGACUUUAUGGUAUUGAAAACUGCACAAUGAAUGUUCACCUUGUGACUCAUUUGCCAGAUGUCGUUAGACGGUGGGGCAUAUUAUGGGCAUACAGUUGCUUCUGGUUCGAAUCCAUCAACGGACAAAUAAGGAACCAUGUUCAUGGCACUAGAUAUGUUACAUCCCAGGCUUCCACGUCAAUGGCAGUUAUACGAGGUCUGCUAUUGCUGCAAGAUGAAGAUGUAUCACCUGUCCAGCACUGCUCAGUGAAUGUGUUCCAACUAUGGCAACGAUUACUACAUACAACUGAUAAACCAAGAAUACAAAUACGUGAAUUGUUUUCUGGAUGUGUUGCUGUUGGAUUAUCAAAGAAUGAACACCUGAACAGUUCAGCUUUGGUUGCUGUGAAUAGGUUUUGUGAUGAGAGAGGUUUACCUAGUGUGCUUCAGAACA